UGAUUGGCUGGCGGGGAUCACGCCCCCGGAUGCGGCCCGCUUGCUGUGUACAGGGUUAGCUAGCGGUGUUAGCUGAGCGGCUAAAGCGGAGUGAGAGCGGGGCGCUGGGGCUGUUAAAGAGCCGCAGGAGGAGGAGGAAGAGGAGGAGGAUGGUGAUUUCCAUCUUCUGGUGAAAAAGUGGGCGCCAUGCAGAGACGCCACAGCAGUAACACGGAUGGCAUGCCACCUGAAAGAAACAGGAGUCAAACCCUCGGUUCGGAGAGCAGUCUGGAUGAAGGCGGGGUCUUUGAUUGCCUGAAGCCGGACCCGCCCACCUCCCCCCAGCAGCUCUUCUCCGGAUUGGUGGGGGUCUCUGCCGGCACCGUAACCUCGGCCCCCUUCCAGGCUGCUGGACUCGUCCUGGGGUCUCCUCCAGAGGUCUUCAUCCAGAUGACCGCCUCGUCCAGGGAGGAAGUUCCUCACCGGGCAGAGAAUACGCCCUACCUGCCCCGCCCACCCCACCACCAUCACCACCACCAUCACCAUUUCCACCAGUCUGGACAGCACCGCUCCUCCCUGCUCCAUUCUGCCUCUUCGUCUGAGAGACACGGCAGUAGAGACGAUGGAGGUGAUGAGGCGUCGGCCCCUGCUCCUGCUCUCUCUGAACUCAAAGCCGUGGUCACAUGGCUGCAGAGAGGACUGCCCUUUAUCCUCAUCCUCCUCGCUAAAGUCUGCUUCCAGCACAAGCUAGGUAUUGCUGUGUGUAUUGGAAUGGCCAGCACAUUUGCAUUCGCCAAUUCAACUCUAAAGCACCAAGUGGCGCUAAGGGAGGAGCGCUCUGUGUUCAUCACUCUGUGGAUCCUGGUGUUUCUCGCCGGCAACAUUGUCUAUGUGUACUACACUUUCAGUGCUGAGGAGCUGCACAACAGCCUAAUGUUCAGCAGGCCGAACAUCAACAGCUAUGAUUUCUUUGAUCUGAUUUGGGUGGUUGGGAUCACGGACUUUGUGCUGAAGUACAUCACCAUUGCUGUAAAGUGCCUUGUCCUGUUCCUGCCCAAAAUCCUCCUCGCUUUCAAAUCCAGGGGGAAGCUGUACUUGCUGAUCGAGGAGCUGAGUCAGCUGUUCCGGGCCUUGGUUCCCAUUCAGAUGUGGUACAAAUACAUCAUGGGGGAAGAUCCAUCCAGCAGCUACUUCCUGGGUGCAUCGCUGAUUAUUAUCUACAGCCUGUGCAAGUCCUUUGAUCUUUGUGGAAGAGUAUCAGGCAUCCGGAAAGCGUGCAUGGUUCUGUGCAGCUCGCAGACGUACGGUAUGAGAGCCAGCAGUCAGCAGUGCAGUGAAGCAGGGGAUGUGUGUGCGAUCUGCCAGGCUGAGUUCAGAGAGCCAGUCGCUCUGCUGUGCCAGCAUGUGUUCUGUGAGGACUGUCUGUGCCUGUGGUUCGACCGUGAGCGGACGUGCCCGCUGUGCCGCGCGGUCGUCGUGGAGACGCCUCGCAGCUGGAAGGAUGGCACCACCUCUGCCCACUUUCAGAUCUACUGACCCCCGAUGGGUAUCGGCCAGUCAGAGCUCGGGUGGGCAAGGAGGAAAUGCACAAUCAGUGCAGAAAGCUUUUCUGUGCUCAUUUAUUAAUGUCUUAGGAUCUAAUGGAACAAUAUGAAGCUUCUGCAACGGUUCAGCAGAACCACUGAACUUAGUGUUUCAUUGAAUUUACUUGAUUUAAAAUAUAUUAUUUUGUCUUCGGUUGUCUUACUUUCGGCAGUAACUGUGUCAUAUGGUAUGGUAUAUGCAAAAACCUUGCAUCUCAAUUUUUGAGUUACUGAUAUAAAGUGAAUCUAGCAGCUGUUCUUCAUGUUAUAUCAACAUUCCUUGAUGAAUGGACCAUAAUGCUCCAAAAUCAGUCGGAACAAAAUCUUUUUCCAAUGACUUCCACUAAAUGUUAGAUAGAAGGUUUUUGCAAUGUCAAAUUCACAAAUAAAAAAUGCUAAGAAGAUGCUACAAAGAGUUAUUUGAGAGAUGCCAAAGAAUCAUUUUGUUUCCAAAAAGAAUAGAUAGAGUAUCCCUGAAGAGCAUUUUUAAAGAUGGGG